UAUACAAAAGGGUAUAAUAGGUUUUAAUCCAGUUAAUGAAAGAAUCUGCACCUUAAGAAUCAAGGGAAAAUUUAAUAAUAUAUGUCUAAUAUCAGCGUAUGCACCUACAGAGGAGGCGAGUGAAACAAUAAAAGAGGUUUUCUAUGACGAACUAAGUCUUGUAUGCGAAAGGGUGUCAAAAUAUGAUACAAUUAUUAUAAUGGGCGAUUUUAACGCAAAAAUAGGCAAGGAAGAGCUGGCACAACGGGUUGCUGGAAAAUUUUCAAUGCACGAAGAAACAAGCGAAAAUGGACACCGAUUAUUACAAUUCGCGAGCGAAACAUCGUUAAAAAUUAAAAGUACGUCGUUUAAGAGAAAAGAAAUACAUAAAGGUACAUGGAAAAUACCUGGUACAAAUCUAGCGAACCAAAUAGAUCACGUACUAAUAUCCACAAGAUGGUCAUCAUCAAUAAUUGAUGUAAGAAGCUGUAGAGGUGCAAACUGCGAUAGCGAUCACUAUCUAGUUAAAACCAUACUACGACAAAGAAUAUCAAACGUAGCAAAAAAUAGAGGAGUACGAAGAGUCAAAUGGGAUAGUGACAAAUUAAAAGACAAUGAAAUAACUCAGCAAUUUCAAAACUCCGUCAAGAAUCUUAUGCAUGAAACAGACUAUAUAUUUGAAAAUAUAGAUGAUGAAUGGAAUGAAAUUGAAACGGCCUUAAUUGAAAGCGCCAGAAAUGUUAUCGGACAAAAACAAAUGCAAAGAAAUGCCGAAUGGUUUGAUAAUGAAUGUAGAGAAGCCAUAAAAAUAAAAAAUGAAACGCGACAAAAAACUCUACAAAGAUGUACAAGAGCAAAUAUGGAGAAUUAUACAGAAAAGAGACGAAUAGCUACAAAAUUAUGCCGAAAUAAGAAAAAAUUAUAUAUGAAAGAAAAAGUAAGUCAAAUACAAAAUGACUACAAUCAUGGAAACAUCCGAAAAUUUUACAAAGAUAUUAACUACGCAGCUAACAACUUCCAGCCGAAACUAGCAUUAUGUAAAGAUAAAGAUGGAAAAAUGAUUACAGAAGAAAAUGAAAUCAUAAAACGAUGGGCAGAGCACUUUAAAGACACAUUGAACAAAACAACAGAGGAAAGUCAAGAAGAUGAAAAUAUAAUAUAUACUGCUGAACCCCUAAUAGACACACCAUCAAUGAGUGACGUAAAAAACGCAAUAAAUAAGCUAAAACACAACAAGGCGCCAGGCGAAGACGCAAUAACAGCUGAGCUGUUAUGUAAAGGAGGUGAACAUUUAUUUAAGAAAUUACAUAAUCUAAUAUGUAAUGUAUGGUUACAAGAGACUAUACCUGAAAAAUGGCGCAUUAGUAUUUUAAGACCAAUACACAAAAAAGGGGAUAAAACUGAGUGCAAUAAUUACAGAGGUAUUAUGCUAUUGAAUGCUGCAUACAAGGUGCUGUCUAAUAUACUGUAUGAGAAAAUUAGACCUUACUACGAAGAAAUUAUAGGCGAAUAUCAGUGUGGGUUCAGAAAUCAGAGGUCGACUGUUGAUCAAAUUUAUCUAUUAAAGCAAAAUAUGGAAAAAUGUUACGAAUUUGGUCAAGAUCUACAUAUACUAUUUAUUGAUUUUCAACAAGCCUUUGACGGUGUAAAUAGAAACAAAAUUGUACAAUCACUAUUAGGACUUGGUAUACCCAGAAAAUUAGCAAAUCUUACUAUGGCAACGAUGGUUGGGUCAAAAGCGAAGGUAAUGAUACAGAAUUCGGUGUCAGAUAAUUUUGAAAUUCAAUUAGGAGUACGACAGGGUGAUGCAUUAUCAGCUAUGCUAUUUAACAUAGUAUUGGAAAAGGCUAUAGGAGAAAUGGAUGGGGGUGGAAAUAUUUUUACAAAGUCCCAUCAAAUAAUUGCAUACGCUGAUGAUAUAGCAAUCAUAUCAAAAAAUUACAGGACUCUAGUUGAAACAUUCAACACAGAAGAACCGCCUAAAAUAUCACCAUCAACGAACACAAUUUUGAGGGUGUUACACAUUUCACUUACUUGGGAGUAUUAA